AUGUCUUCUACCGGUGUGAAGCAGAACAAAGAGAAGCUGUCGAGGAAAUAUCUCCAGGCAAGCGAAGUCAAUCAGCCUCCGAAUAACGCCGCUGCGUCUUCGUCUUCAUCGUCUUCUACAUCAACGUCUGCCUCGUCAUCGCCUGCAGCUGCUCUACGCAAAGCCGCAGCCGCUUCUGCCGCUAAUGAUUCAGACUCAGAUGAAGACAUAGACGAACUAAUUGACGAAUUACAAUCCAACUACGGUGACCACGAUGAGUCCAGUGAAAAAGAGCUGCAGACCGAUGGAGCGCAUGCUGGCCAAAGAGCGAUUCCUGAAAAGGACCUUUCCACAGACCCUGCGUACGGUUUGACUUCGGAUGAAGUCGCCAAGAGAAGAAAGAAAUACGGGCUGAAUCAGAUGGCCGAAGAAAAUGAAUCAUUGAUAAUAAAGUUCUUAAUGUUUUUUGUCGGUCCGAUCCAAUUUGUUAUGGAAGCUGCUGCUAUUUUGGCCGCCGGUUUGUCUGAUUGGGUUGACUUCGGUGUCAUCUGUGCCUUGCUGCUAUUAAACGCUUCAGUCGGGUUCAUCCAAGAGUUUCAGGCCGGUUCCAUUGUUGAUGAGUUGAAGAAGACCUUGGCCAAUACGGCCACCGUUAUUCGAGAUGGUCAAUUGAUCGAAAUUCCAGCCAACGAGGUGGUUCCCGGGGAUAUCUUAGAGUUGGAAAGCGGUACGAUUGCUUCUGCGGAUGGUCGUAUUGUCACUGAAGACUGUUUUUUGCAAAUCGAUCAGUCGGCCAUUACCGGUGAAUCUUUAGCCGCUGAAAAACAUUAUGGUGACGAGGUUUUCUCCUCAUCCACUGUGAAAACCGGUGAAGCCUUCAUGGUUGUGACUGCCACAGGUGACAAUACCUUUGUCGGUAGGGCGGCUGCCUUGGUGGGGCAAGCUUCUGGUGUGGAAGGCCAUUUCACCGAAGUUCUGAAUGGGAUCGGAAUUAUCUUGCUGAUUCUGGUCAUUGUUACUUUACUGUUGGUCUGGACCGCAUGUUUCUACAGAACUGAUGGUAUUGUUACAAUCUUGAGAUACACUCUAGGUAUUACUAUAAUCGGUGUUCCGGUCGGUUUGCCAGCUGUCGUUACCACCACCAUGGCUGUGGGUGCUGCCUACUUGGCUAAGAAACAGGCUAUUGUUCAAAAAUUGUCUGCUAUUGAAUCCUUGGCUGGUGUCGAAAUCUUGUGUUCUGACAAGACAGGUACUUUGACCAAGAACAAGUUGUCUUUGCACGAACCAUACACUGUGGAAGGUGUUUCUCCAGAUGAUUUAAUGCUGACUGCGUGUUUGGCUGCCUCCAGGAAGAAGAAGGGUUUGGAUGCUAUCGAUAAAGCCUUUUUGAAAUCCUUGAUCGAGUAUCCAAAGGCUAAAGAUGCCUUGAUCAAGUACAAGGUUUUGGAAUUCUACCCGUUUGAUCCCGUCUCCAAGAAGGUAACUGCUGUCGUGGUGUCUCCAGAAGGUGAAAGAAUUGUUUGCGUCAAGGGUGCUCCAUUAUUCGUCUUGAAAACUGUCGAAGAGGAUCACCCAGUUCCAGAAGAUGUCCAUGAAAACUAUGAAAACAAAGUUGCCGAACUGGCAUCUAGAGGGUUCCGUGCUCUAGGGGUUGCUAGAAAGAGAGGUGAAGGUCACUGGGAAAUUCUUGGUGUCAUGCCAUGUAUGGACCCACCUAGAGACGACACCGCUCAAACAAUCAAUGAAGCUCGGAAUCUCGGUUUAAGAAUCAAGAUGUUAACUGGCGAUGCUGUCGGUAUUGCGAAGGAAACUUGUAGGCAACUGGGGCUCGGUACAAACAUCUAUAACGCCGAAAGAUUAGGUCUAGGUGGUGGAGGUGACAUGCCCGGUUCAGAAUUGGCUGAUUUUGUUGAAAACGCAGAUGGUUUUGCUGAAGUUUUCCCUCAACACAAAUUUAGAGUCGUAGAAAUUUUACAAAACAGAGGUUAUUUGGUGGCUAUGACCGGUGAUGGUGUUAACGAUGCCCCAUCUUUGAAGAAGGCUGACACCGGUAUUGCCGUCGAAGGUGCUACCGAUGCUGCCAGAUCUGCUGCUGAUAUUGUUUUCCUGGCUCCUGGUUUAUCUGCUAUCAUUGAUGCUUUGAAGACUUCCAGACAGAUUUUCCACAGAAUGUACUCCUAUGUCGUUUACCGUAUUGCUUUGUCCUUGCAUUUGGAGAUUUUCUUAGGUUUAUGGAUUGCUAUUUUGAACAACUCUUUGAAUAUUAACUUGAUCGUUUUCAUUGCUAUCUUUGCGGAUGUUGCCACAUUAGCUAUUGCUUACGAUAAUGCCCCUUAUGCACCUACACCGGUAAAAUGGAACCUACCAAGAUUGUGGGGUAUGUCUAUUAUCUUGGGUAUCGUUUUAGCUAUAGGUUCUUGGAUCACUCUAACUACUAUGUUUUUACCCAGAGGUGGUAUCAUCCAAAAUUUUGGUGCUAUAAAUGGUGUCAUGUUUCUACAAAUCUCACUAACAGAAAAUUGGCUGAUUUUUGUUACUAGGGCUGCAGGUCCAUUCUGGUCCUCAGUUCCAUCCUGGCAAUUAAUUCUUGCGGUCUUCGCCGUCGACAUCAUCGCUACUAUGUUUACCUUAUUCGGUUGGUGGUCUGAAAACUGGACUGACAUUGUCACUGUUGUCCGUGUCUGGGUCUGGUCUAUUGGUAUCUUUUGUGUCUUAGGAGGAUUUUACUACAUGAUGUCCACAUCGGAAACCUUCGACAGAUUGAUGAAUGGUAGGUCAUUGAAGGAAAAGAAGUCUACCAGAAGUGUCGAGGACUUCAUGGCUGCUAUGCAAAGAGUGUCUACUCAACACGAAAAGGACAGCUAG